AUGGGGAAGAAGGGAAGUGGUAGUUCAUGGUUAACUGCUGUCAAAAGGGCUUUCAGAUCUCCAACCAAAGACAGUGAUAAAAGGAGUGGCAGAAGAAGAGAAGACUGUGAUCAAGAAGAAGACGAAGAAAAGAAAAGGGAAAAAAGAAGAUGGAUUUUCAGGAAGACCCACAUGAGUCAUGAAGGAGUGAACAGCAACAGCACUCAACAAAAGUUGAAGCAUGAUGUGGCGGCAGCUAGUGGGGGUUCAAGGACAGACCAGGAUCAGAAGCAUGCACUUGCGGUGGCGGUGGCCACCGCAGAAGCCGCCAUGGCCACCGCUCAGGCGGCGGUGGAGGUGGCAAGGUUGACCAAACCUGCUAGCCAUGCAAAGGAGCAUUAUGCUGCUGUUGUGAUCCAAACUGCUUUCAGAGGGUAUCUGGCAAGAAGAGCACUUCGUGCACUAAAGGGGUUGGUGAAGUUGCAAGCUUUGGUUAGGGGUCACAAUGUUAGGAAGCAGGCAAAGAUGACUCUUAGAUGCAUGCAGGCUUUGGUUAGAGUUCAGGCAAGGGUCCUUGACCAGCGCAUAAGGUCUUCACUUGACGGUAGCAGAAAAUCCACUUUCAGUGAUACCGCCAGUGUUUGGGACUCGCGGUAUCUUCAGGAUAUUUCAGAUAGGAAAUCAAUAUCAAGAGAGGGGAGCAGCAUUGCAGAUGACUGGGAUGAACGUCCUCACACAGUUGAAGAAGUGAAGGCUAUGUUGCAGCAGAGGAAGGAAGCUGCAAUGAAGAGGGACAAGAACUUGUCCCAAGCCUUUUCCCAUCAGAUUUGGAGGAAUGGCAGGACAUCAUCAAUUGGAAAUGAAGACGAGUUGGAAGAGAGACCAAAAUGGCUAGAUCGGUGGAUGGCCACAAAGCCAUGGGAGAAUAGAGGAAGGGCUUCAACUGAUCAAAGAGACCCCAUUAAAACUGUGGAGAUUGACACCUCUCAGCCUUAUUCAUAUCUAGGGACCAAUUACAGAAGAUCACAUCCAAAUUAUCAAUAUAACCCAAACCACCAUCAACCACAAAGGCAUUCCAUUGCUUCCCCACUCCAUAGAUCUCUCCAAAAUGGAUCCCUUCACCAAUCCCCUGCAACCCCUUCUCCUGCCAAAUCAAGGCCUAUCCAAGUUCGGUCAGCGAGCCCCAGAUGCGUUAGAGAAGACAGAAACUACCCCACCUCCCAAACACCAAGCUUGAGGUCCAACUACCACUAUACUGGAAACUUGUACCAAAAUGCAAGGGCUGUUGGAACCGGAACUAGUAGUGGUGGUGCUACAUUGCCUAAUUACAUGGCGGCAACAGAGUCUGCAAAGGCUCGAAUUCGGUCACAAAGCGCCCCGAGGCAGAGGCCAUCCACACCAGAGAGGGACAGGGUUGGAUCAGCAAAGAAAAGGCUUUCUUUUCCUGCUCCUGACCCUUAUAGCGUUGGAGUGAGUUAUGGAAAUUACGGGCACAGUUUAAGGAGUCCAAGCUUCAAGAGUGUGAGUGGAUCACACUUUGGGUUGGAGCAGCAGUCAAACUACUCCUCUUGCUGCACUGAGAGUGUUGGUGGUGGUGAGGUUUCUCCUUCUUCAACUGGUGACCUUAGGAGGUGGUUGAGAUGA